GUGUGAGAAUACUCCGUCUGACCGCAAAGAGUCUCUGAAAAUGAAUGAUGAAAGCAGAAGAGAUAAUGAGAAGACAAAGCAAUAUGACAUGGUCACUGUUGGACUAAAAGACCAAUCAGGAGACAGUUCCUCAGAAUCUCCCAAAGUGUAUAUAACCGCUCCACAAGAGGUUGCAGAAGUCAUGACUUGUAAAGUGGUCGAUGGCUUGAGUUCUUUCAUGGUGUCAGGAUCCGAGGAGCUGGUCAGCAGUGUUAUCCGCAUAGAUAUCACCAACCACAAUGAAUGUCCCUUCUCCCCACUCACCGUAGCUGUACCAUUCCAAGCAAGUUACCGUGGAAACUACAGGGAGAUCACAGUGAAAGUAGUGGAUCUGGAGCAAAGAGUUAGCUACCUCACCCCUACAUCUACUGAAGGUGUCUAUGGAGGACAAAGGGGUUCAUAUGCAGUAGUGCGUGUAUACUCACUUGGAGUGUUUGCGGUGCUGUCCCGUUUGAGAAUGGAGACUUUUACAGUCCCUAAAUCAGGACUGUCUCUUAAACUCAGUAUGGACUCCAGGAUAUGCCUUGACUAUUUAACUGGAUCCUUCACCGUACCAGUCAUUGCUCAAGUCACGGUUCAGCCAGUGGACGCUGCUGUUUUGUCUUCUAUUAAAUCCAAAAACGAUUCCUACCGUGCUGUGCUCACCUCAUCUCCAUUGCUCUACUUAAGGCAACCCUCAGCCCUUAAACUCCGGCGGCCUUUCACACUUAUCUUGCCAUGUCCUUCUAUCUCUGACAAGAAGAGAGCUGGAGAAGAAACUGACCUAUGUGCCUUUGCACAUCAGCAAUUGAGGGUUGAUGGUGCUUUAGUUAAGUCUCCGAAAGACCCUAAAGAGCAACUGGCUGUAAUGGGCUGGAUAGAGAACCAUUGGAAAGUUCUGGAUAAAGUGAAUGUGAGGAACCUACAGAACGGCCUGGUGUCUUUUGAAGUUACCGAGAAUCAUGACAGGUUAAUUGUCCUUCGGCUUCAAUCCUCUUUGAAAUCUUCCUUACUGGCCUCCUUAGUUGAAGAACUGGAAGAAGGUGUGAGGAUUUUCUCAGUCACUAUUCUAGUCCAUCGUGAUCCUAUGGACCCCAGAAGUGUUGUUGUGGCCACCCUACCGAGCAGAGAUCUCAGCUGGGAGUCUUCUGAACUCCAGGCCCUGGCUUACUGUGGGCCUCCAGAGACGUCAUCUGAAAUCUCCAUGAGGGAGGGAGAACAGCUGCUUCCCAGGUUUAGCGGGAACAUAACUUGCAAUGAUAACCAAGGGACAGAUUCUCACAUAAUCACAUUCCACAACCAAAGAAGAAACCGUCUUUAUUUGAGAUUGAAAGAAGUGGACCCAUUUGGUAACUACAGCUCUCCUCACUACAAAGGUGUAGCCAGUUUGUUCAGGAUCACUAAGGGACAUCUGGUCUGGAAUGGUGACACAUCAGCUCUGCCCAAAGACUUUCCUCUAGAAGAGCUUGUGUGUCGAUUGCCACUAACUCUGCCCAAGGGUGUAAGAACAGUCUGUCGCCCUGUGAGUGGAAGAGUUAUGCAGCACAGUCAACCGGAUUCUCUCUCAGAUGAGCUCUUAUCGUGGCUUUGUGAUGAGCUAACUGAGGAUGAUGCAGCGCUUCUUGUUGUGUCCCUUCGUCUCCGACGCUCAGCUGUCCAGAUUGCCCGCCUCCGUGCACCUCACCACCUCUCACAACAAAUGUUUCACAUCCUUACAGCGUGGAGGCGGGGCCUCCCCUCCUCCUCUCCAAAAUGUCCCACGCUGGCGCACUGUCUGACCCUCGCAGGGAGGCCAGACCUUGCCGAAAAGCUGCCGCUUUGGGAACCAGCAGAUCACAAAAUAGAGCAGAGAAAACCAGGAGAAACGUGACCACCAGGAAACCUUAUGAGACCUGUAACAGUUAAUGUUGCUUUAUUAUGUUAGUCAUACAAAGAGGCUUCUGAAUUGUAGUAUUAAGUUGAUACUAUAGAAUUGCAUAUUUGUUAAUAAGGGUUAUAAAUGUUAAAUACAGUAGUCUUAUAAAUUCAAACUUGGCAACGAGUAUCGAGAUACUUUAGGAAAAUGUGGUUGGAAUAUUUCUCAUGUAAAAAUAAAUGUCAGCAAAUGCAGAAAUUAUUGUGUCCAGCAGAUGGUGCUGAUGUAACAAAUUCAUAUUCCAUUGAAAUUUGCCUACUGGAAGCACGUUUAUGGUUUGCACAAAUAGUCACCUGGCAGGAAGAGUAAAACAAGAAGAAACGAGGUUAAGCCAUACAAAGUUCACCAGACAAAAUUA